CCGCAUUCAUUGCUUGGCGAGACGCUAGGUCGGUCGUUCCGGAACAAAGAAUCACGCCCUCAAUCACCCGGGUGAAGAUCCAUAAAGCAGUCCCGAUUGCAGUCUUUGUGACCGUCAAUUUUUUAUUGUUUUUUAAUUUAUAAAUUGACAAGCUCAGUACCGAGACUGCAAAAUGCGUAGUCAAUCUAGAGGCCAACCUGGCCGCGGACGUGCAGGCAGUCAACAACAGCAGAGUUCUGGACAGAGACAACUUCCUCAUGCUCAAGCAAGCAGCGAGCAACUUCGCAGACCAGGACAAUCUGCAACUGCAACUCCUUCAACAAGUGGAGGACGUGGUUCGCAACAUCAUACCGAGAAAGGCGAUGCGUCUGGAGUUCAAACAAUAGGCAGAGGACUUGAGAAACUGACAGUAUCCGGAGAUGGAGGUGGCGAUGCUGGUGCCAUGCAACCAAGUAGAAGAGGUAUGAGCAGAGGCAACAGAACUUUGCCUGGUGAUAUUCUAAAACCUACAAGACCAAAAGAUUUGGAUAGUAAGAAAGGAGUAACUGGACAAGCUAUAAGGUUGUACGCUAAUUAUUACAAAGUACUUAAGGCAACUGACUGGUCUCUUCAUCAGUAUCGCGUGGAUUUUGCACCUGAAGAGGAUAACACCUUUGUUCGCAAAGGUUUACUUAAAGUACACAAAAAGGCUCUCGGCAUGUAUAUCUUUGACGGCACUGUAAUGUACUCAUCUAAUCGAUUACAAGAUCAAGUCCUCACUUCGAAACGUGAAUCCGAUCAAGAAAUCAUAACAAUCACCGUUCGGUCUGUUGGCGAUAUGGUACGGGGUGAUUCUCACUAUCUUCAAUUUUUCAAUAUAAUCAUGCGGAAGUGUUACGAACAGCUCAAGUUGAAGCUGGUUGGUCGCAAUUUUUACGAUCCCCAUGAGAAGAUUAGCAUACCUACAUUUAAAAUGGAAGUGUGGCCAGGAUACAUAACUUCUAUUCGUCAGCACGAGAAUGACAUUUUGAUGUGUGCAGAAAUAUCGAGCAAAGUUAUGCGAUCAGAAACAUUGCAUGAAAUUUAUCUUGAAAUACGCGAGAGAUACGGCAACCGCUAUCAAGAUGCUUUUAGCCAAGCUGUGAUCAACACGGUAGUUCUUACCGCAUACAACAAUAAUACCUAUACAAUCGACGAUGUGGACUUCAAGACAACUCCUGCGUCUCAGUUUACAUUGAAAAAUAACGAAAAAAUAACAUAUAUACAAUACUACAAAAAGAAAUACGGCCGCGACAUAACAAACCCUAAUCAACCGAUGUUAGUGGCGAAAUCAAAAGUAAGAGUUCGACAGGGCGGACCAGCGGAUCUCAUUUAUUUAGUGCCAGAAUUGUGUAAUGCCACAGGCUUAACAGAUGACAUGAGAGAAAAUUUCAAACUUAUGCAAGCUUUGGCUCAGUAUACGCGAUUAGGCCCAGAAAGUCGUAUUGAUAAAUUAUUGAAAUUCAAUAGAAGACUGAACAGUAAGCCCGAGAUUCAACAGGAAUUUAAAGAGUGGAACUUGCAAUUAGACAACAAGUUGCUCGAAAUUCCCGGGCGUUUACUGCCACCUGAGACACUUACAUUUGGGCCGCCGGCAAGAGACAGUCACCGCAGACAGAUAAAACCUACGAAUGGCGACUGGACGAGAGAGAUGCAGAAUACGACUUGCUUGACUUCGGUAGAGUUGAAAGAUUGGGUGCUAAUAGUUUCGGAGAGAGACAAAAGAGACAUUGAGAGAUUUGUUCCAACGCUGAGAAACGUAGCGGAAGGUGUAAGGUUCAGGAUAGCUGAGCCAAGAGUAUGCACUAUCUCCGACGACCGUGCAAAUACUUACAACAUGUUUUUGGAAAGUCUGUUAAGUAAAAAAAUACCGCAGCUAGUAUUUUGUGUUGCUUCGAACAAUCGCAGCGAUCGUUACUCCGUGAUUAAGAAAAAGUGCUGCGUAGAUCGCCCUGUGCCGUCACAGGUCUGUUUGAAGAGAACUCUCGGCCACAGGAAUAUCAUGUCUAUCGCCACAAAGAUAGCGAUACAAAUGAACUGUAAAUUGGGUGGUGCACCAUGGACCGUAGAUAUACCAUUAGACGGACUGAUGAUCAUUGGUUUCGAUGUCAGUCAUGACACGAUUGACAGGUCUAAAGAUUUCGGUGCAAUGGUGGCGUCCAUGGACAAGCAAAUGACAAGAUACUACAGUACAGUUUCGUCACAUAGCGACGGCGACGAACUGUCGAAGGAUCUGUGCAAAAACGUCUGCAAAGCCGUGCAGAUGUAUCAUAGAAUCAACAAUGUGGCACCGAAUCGUAUCGUUGUUUAUCGCGACGGUGUCGGUGAGGGUCAGAUACCGCAAGUUCAGGAACGCGAGGUCAAACAGAUAAGGAAAGCUCUCGACAGCUUGUAUACAAGCUCGUAUAACGGCCAAAAUUAUAAGUUUGCAUUUAUAGUCGUGACAAAACGGUUGAACACGCGACUGUUCAAUAACAAAAAUAAUCCCGUUCCGGGUACGAUAGUUGACGAUGUUAUAACUGAUCCGAUGAAGUAUGACUUCUUUAUUGUUUCGCAACAGGUGCGACAAGGCACGGUGACGCCCACCUCGUACAACAUUAUCGACUCGAAUAUCGGUUUGGAUCCAGACAAAAUACAACGUCUGACGUUCAAACUGACACAUAUGUAUUAUAAUUGUUCAAAUACUGUCAGGGUGCCAGCGCCUUGUCAUUACGCUCACAAACUGGCAUUCUUGAUUAGCAGAUAUGUUCACAAGGCGCCGGAAAAUCAUCUACAGAAUAUGUUAUAUUUCUUGUAAACUUUGCACACUUGCGUUUCUUUUUAAUGCCAAAUCUGCAAAACCUCAUCGUUUUUAGUUUUUUUUUUAUAUAUUUGAGUUUUUUUUUUAUAUAUAUAUAACAGGUUGUAUUUUUGUAUUAAGAUUACGAAGAUACAUUUAAGACAUAAGUGAAGUCAAACAUUUACAGGACGAUCUUACAGUCUGGAUUGAUUUCUUUUUGUUUUAUAAGAAAUUAUAAAUAAAUUUAUAGUUAUAUCGACCAGUAUAGAUUAAGUAUCGAGUAAACACGUGUGUCACAGAGAACACAGUGUCGAAUAAGAAGGUGCAUGUCGACGUUUCGCAACGAAAUGCAAAACAGGCAUCUUGGAGAUACGUCGUUUCUAAAAGAACUCGAGUGUUUGUAAGUAUCGUAUGAAAUGUAAAGAGCACGCGGUUACCGCAUAUUAACAGACCCAAUGACACAGAGAAGAUGUGUUUAUUGAACAAAAGAUCGCGUCAGAUAGCGAACUUUUUUAAUAGCAUUGUGACGCUACAGAGCCAAAUUGUCGACUCUUUAAGCAAGUGACGUAAAUCAAAGUGUGCCUGUCCGCGUGAUUUUUUAUAUUAGCGUUAAAUGUCAGAAUAAGCACCAGAAGUUACCAGAGUGUGUAACGAUAAUUUUAAGCUGAGAAGUUCAAUAUAUAAUGACGUUUGACGUUAUUCUUUCGAAGAUAUUCCAUAUCAUCUGCAUUUUUCACACACAAUAUCCGGUCAAUAUUGUAUGACAAAGUUGAGGAACACGAAAAAAAUUGAGCAGUAAGAUCUGAGGACAUUGUUUUGCCGUUUUGUAGUUGAGAAAAUGGUUUGUAAUUGUGUGGCGUUGAUUUGCUCAAUACUCGAGUCUUACCGCUCAAGUAUCUUCGUGUGUUUUUGACUUGAUUACUAUUUACUAUUUUUGUAAUUUGUGUGUGAAUUUGCGAUUAUCAAUCUUUCAACUCGAGACGCAUCAGCUUCAAGUUCCUAAUAUCGUUAAACGAUAAGCGGACAUCAGUAUUAGUUCUUUUCUUGAUGAUUGUUUUUUUUUUUUUUUCCCCUCACAUUUUGACUUGUUCGUCUGCUGAUGCGCAACACACAUUGAUUGCAAAUCUCUGUUACAAAUGUGCCAUAACGUGCGACGCGAUGGGUGUUACUAUAAUUGGUAUUGCUAAGUGUAAAAAGCGCAACAACUUGUGUGGCGAACUGUAACUUGUCGGAAUAUUUAAUUCCGAAAAAUUACAUUUAUCCGGGCUAAAAUAAGACAAAUUCUUUCGCGUUCAAUCAUGAAAAAUUCUGAAGAAUUGCGUUCACUCGAGCCAUCCAUGAUCUCUUAUCUUACUCUUUUGCUUUUAUCGUUCUUUGAUAAUUGUUUAUAUUAAACAGGGUAAUCUUAUGUGUACAAUAAUAAGAUUAAGAGUAGCUCGAUUGUAACAAUAGCCGUUUCCAUCCUCUCUCGUACCAUGAACAUGUUUUUAAGAUAUACGUAUGCUUUAUUUUUCUAGCUCAAGAUUUGCGCAUUAGUAGGUACAAAUGUUAUAUCAAAUGUUAUAUCAAAGCUAUAAAACAGAAGGACUAUGUGACAAAAGAAAUCAUUUUGAAAUAUAUACAGCGAUGAAUUUGAGUUCAAUCCGAUGAUUUCGAUAGCGAUUCUUUUAGUAGCGUUUAGAGUAUAUGCUUCUUUCGUACAAAGUAUUUUUAUACUACAAAAAACUACAUUUAAGUCUUUUCGCACAAAUUUAGUUUGAUGAGGUGUUAAAUAAAAUUUUUUG